AUGCCUCCGAAGGUCGCCAAGCGGUGGGUGCCGGUCAACCGGCCGGGGGAAGCCUCGUCGUCCUCACGCGGACACUCGGGAGGAGGAGGAGGAGGUGGGAGAGUCAACCCCGCCGCCGACCGCCUCAGCGCGCUGCCCGACGCGCUCCUCCACCACGUCAUGUCGUUCAUGAAGGCGUGGGACGCGGCGCGCACGUGCGUGCUCUCGCGCCGGUGGCGCGACCUCUGGGCCUCCGCGCCCUGCGUGGAUGUCCGUGUCGGGAGGUAUAGGGACCCGCCCCAGGACUUCGCCAAGUUCGUGUACCGGCUGCUGCUUGCUAGGGAGGCCCUUGCGCCGAUAGACACUCUCCGCCUGCGGUCACCCGGUGAGGACGACGAAGAUUUCGACAAUUCUGAUGUUAAGAUGUGGAUCCGCCAUGCAAUCAGACGGAAUGCUCGUGUUAUUCAGCUAACCGGUCACCCCAACCCCAAUUUGUUGGCGGAGCUGGAUCCUAUGGACUUCGUCUCUCGCCACCUCAAAAUCUUGAAACUGAACUAUACUGAAGUGUCUGAUAGCUUCACCAGGCAGCUGUCAUCUCGUUGCCCUUGUUUGGAGGAACUAGAGCUCAAGAACUGCUUGGUAGAGGGCCGUGAGUUUACAUCUGUCUCUCUGAAGAGGUUGACCAUGGUCAAAUGCACUUUUGCUAACUUCUUCUCUGUUGAUGCUCCAAACCUUGUGUUUGUGCAGUGCAUCGCGCCAGAGUCUUGGGUCCCUGUGUUCAAGAACUUUGGGGUGCUGGUAACAGGUAGUGUCAUGCUUGAUGACUCUUUAUUGAGUAAGGAGUUUAAAAAGUACCAAGAGGACGCUGAUGAAUAUCCUCGAACAAGUGACGACGAUGAUGACAACAACAUUGCAUUUGCCCCUAAAUAUGUUCCUGAUUCUGAUGACAGUGGUGAUGAAAUCCUCAGUGAUGAUUCUGGAUUCUUAGAUGAUUUUUAUGAUGAGCAUUAUUUAGCAGAUGAUGUCAAGGACAAUUAUGAUUAUGGAAGUGAUAUCAAUAGUGAUAGUGACACGUAUGAGUACAGUGAGAUUGCAAAUGGCUAUGAAGAUAAGCAGUUUGGAAACCGUGCCAAUAGACUUGAUCGCACUAGGGGCAAUAAAGAUCAUGGUUGCAGUGCAAAGCAUAUCAUUAAUGAUUAUAAAAAAUUUGGUGGCCAGAAUGUUCUCAAUAGCCUUUCAAAUGUUCGAUACCUGGAGCUGUUAGGUCAUUCUGGAGAGGUCAUUAUGAGGAGAGAAUCGUUAAAUUGUCCAACUUUUAGCAACCUGAAGACUUUGGCCCUUGGAGAAUGGUGUAUCAGUACAGCUGUUGAUUUUGACAUAUUACUUCUCUUGCUUCGGCAUUCACCUAUUCUGGAGAAGCUUUAUCUUCAGCUUGAAAUGAACUGUGACAUCCAGAAGGCAUUGAGAAGAGGUAUAGAGCCAAAGGGAGGAUCAUUUGCUUGCAAACAUCUUAGUAUGGUGAAGAUCAGAUGCACCAAGGACGAUCCAAGAGUCCAUAUGUUGGCGCAGUUGUUUAGGUCUAAUGGCCUGCCACUAGAGAAGAUUUAUGUCCGUCGGAGUGGGAGUUUCUACCUCCGUAACUUGAAGCUGGAGAGGAGCAUUACCCUCGAUGAACUGCGUGAAUAUGAAUCUUGA